GAAACACAAAACAACCUGGUUGUUAAAACAAAGACAAGGCAGACGCAGAGAAACGCAGACGCAAACGCUGAAACAUCUAAAAUGGCAGAAGCAAAAACAAAAAUGGUCGUCACACCAAAAAUAACUAUCUUGCAAAGACCAAAAAAUGAGCUUGAAAAUGCCGGAAGACCAAAUCCUGGAAAGUCUGCUGUGGCACAAGCUCAAACAGAAAUGGUCGUCACACCAAAAAUAACUAUCUUGCAAAGACCAAAAAAUGAGCUUGACGAAGCCAGAAGACCAAAUCCUGGAAAGUCUUCUGUGGCACAAGCUCAAACAGAAAUGGUCGUCACACCAAAAAUAACUAUCUUGCAAAGACCAAAAAAUGAGCUUGAAAAUGCCGGAAGACCAAAUCCUGGAAAGUCUGCUGUGGCACAAGCUCAAACAGAAAUGGUCGUCACACCAAAAAUAACUAUCUUGCAAAGACCAAAAAAUGAGCUUGAAAAUGCCGGAAGACCAAAUCCUGGAAAGUCUGCUGUGGCACAAACUCAAAAGGAAAUGGUUGUGAAACCAAAGAAAACCAAAAAGCAAAAAGAGAAAAGAGUGGCCGAGGAACCAAGAAGACCAAUUACUCGGGCAUAUGCUCGGGCUCUUCUAGAAGCUCAAAACAACAUGGCUGAUGGAACAAACCCGAGUAAUAAAGAAAUGCCAGAAAUACCAGAAAACACUGAAGCAUCUUCUGAAAGGCAAAACCCUGAAUCCCUCACUCUUUCAGAAGCAAAGGAGGAUAUGAAGAUGAAGAGAGAGGGAAAUGUGAAUAACCCCAGCGGACAGAACCCUGGGCCUAACAGAGGGACUUGGCAACAUCAGCCCAAUCCCACAUUUACACCCCAUCAGGGAAGAGUCCACUUUAAUCCGUGGCACGAGAUUGCUGCUCUCAGACAGCAACUGCAAGUCUCCCAAAACUAUCAGAACGAUCUUUAUUGGAAAAUGGUAGCUGCUAACAAGAGGGCCUCUUAUUACCAGUUUCAGGUGAACAACCUUCAUGCACAAAUGCAUGACAACAAAAGACAUCAUGAGGAAACAAUUAAAGACCUCGUAGAGCAGCUGGAGGAGGCUUUUAGCAAUAAGAGAGAGACAGAGGCUCUCACAAAUGACAAUGAAGCAUUUGUCAAACUUGAUGAGGUGAUGCUUACCCUGCAGGACCAAAUCAGCCACCCUGCCACAGAGCAGUGUGUGGAGUCUACCACUCAAACCAAAGAGGCUUCACACACUGACUCUAUAGGCCUGAAGUCCUCUAAGGAGGCUGAAUUUGAGGUCCAAUGUAGGAUUCAACAAGAGCAGAUAGAGAUGCUCCAGAAACAGCUCCUAGCAGCUCAAAAUCAGCUCAAAGAACAGGCCAUUAAACAUAGGCAGGAGCAGGAGGCACGCAAAACAGAAAUCAGUGACCUCAAAUCCCAGCUCUGCUCCAAUGAUUCGAAGGUAGAGACUCUUGAGCGAGAGCUGGAAGAAGCCAAAGCUUCCUCCCUUAAAAUCCCAAAGGAGCAAAACGAACAAAAUUCCAUCGAUGCAAAUGAAAUGCAAAAAUCUGAGCCUCUGAAAGAAAAAGGCACUGGAGGAGAGAAGAAGAUAGGAAAAGAGGACUCGCCUGCAUUGUCUGUACAGGAAUCUUUGCAAAGACUGCAAGAAAAACAGAAAAUGCUUACUGCCAAGGUGGCUGACCUCGAAACUGAAGUUAAGAGCCUGCCAGAGAUACCGCCAAGUAAGAAAAAGAAGAAGAAGCGGAACUGGCUGCGUCGCCUUUUCACCUAAUUGGUCUCAACAUCAUGUCCUAAAAAUCAUAUUUAUAUACAACUAAAUUGUCAGUGAACAUUUGAAUCCCACUCGGUCGAGACAGAAGGCCACCCCUUCCUGAGCCCGGUUCUGUCAGAGGUUUCUCCCUAUUAAGAGGGAGUUUUUCCUCUCCACUGUCGCCAAGUGCUUGCUCAUGGGGGAUUUGGGGACUUUUUUUUAACAUCAACCGCUGAUAAGCUCACUGGCAUCAAAUUUAGGACUCGGCAAAUAUUUAAAUGGAUGAGGAAUCAUCCAUUUAAAACAUAUUUGCUGAGUCAUAUUUAGUUGUAUAUAAAUAUGAUUUCUGGGACACUAAGGCCAAUCUCAGACUAAUUUGGACAAUUGGGAAAAAAAUAAAUUGGAAAAAUAGAAAAAAA